AUGGCUGACCCAGCACGAACUCCGGCUUCGUCUGUGGUCUCACCGAGCCCUGGCGGGUUUGUUCCGGAUAGCUCUGGUCUCAUGUCACCCACACCUAGCCAUGCCUCCUCUGCACGCAGCAGCACCUCCGCCCUCGGUCUGCCACACCCCCGCAGCCAUCCAUUGCGGCCGGGCUCUUCCAAGGAGGAGAUUGUGCGCCGUUUCGUCAGCGAUCGUCUCUUGCACAUUAGUCGGCGGUUUGUAAAACGAAGUGGUAUUGUCGAGGCGGUCAGCGGCGACGACGUCGACGACGACGGCGACGACAUCGACAACAACCUCGACAACAACAACGGUGGCAGCAGCCACCAUGACACGGCCGGCUAUGCAUCCAUGGGCGAGCUGUGCCGCGACCUCGACGCGCUGCUCAACAACCUGUGGCGGUCCGGCACCCCCUCUUUGCAGGUGCAGUACCUUUUGAGCAUCGCGAGCGAGCUCAUUGCAUGGAUGGAGGGCUUUCCGCCGUCGCCGCGCGCGACACUCGCCCUGCUGCGCAAACUCGACUAUUGCUUUGCAAGCUUGCUGGUGGGCGAGGACCUCGAGACGCGCGAGACGCUGCCCGGGUUCGAGGGCGGCAGCACCAACAGCUACCGUCGGGUGGGCCUGUCGCGGACGGACAUGGUGCGGUGCCGAAGCAUUGCCGAGCAGACGCGCAUGGUCGUGGUGGAUGUGUUCCGACGCGGCCCGCCUGACCCUCUGGACGAGAUGAAUGCGAAUAAUACGAAUCCUUUGCGUAGCGGCCGGUCUCGGGCAGCACAGGAACCGGGUCAGCGUCGCCGCGAAGACAGAGAAGGGACCGUCGGCACAGAGGCAUCCUCGACCGUCCAAGGCGAGGAAACAGACGCCGAGCGGGAGACAACAGCCGAGCCGACCGACGACGAUGCCACUACGCUGGCCGAUGAAGGCGACGACGACGACGCCAGUGACGACGACGUCAGUGACGUUCAGAUGAGCGUAGCACGCGUCUACGAGUUCACGCUCGUCAAGUUGGGCCAGGCGCUUGGCGACCAGCCGGCUCGUAUCGGCGAUUUCGAGCCGCCCGGCGACCGCAUGGUCUUGGAAGACGAGAACGACGAUGAGUACUAG